AAAUAGUGAUCUCGUUCUCGUCUGUGAAGAGGGGGGAAGGAGACGAAAAGGCGGCGACGUGAGUAAACAAGUUUCGCUAUAGCCUCUUCAUCUCACAAAAUCUCCGACUAAAAUUUUGGUUUUUCUAACCCUAAUUCCCUUCUUCAUCUCUCUUACUCGUUCUCGCUUCAUUGCUUGAAGCCCUAAGCCCUCUCCAUCUAUCAUCAGCAAUCUUUUUUUUUUACGGUGGAGAAAUCUCUGGUGAAUAAGAGUCGAAGUUUCUUAUUGAAUACACUCUGAGCUUGUUUUGGAAUCGGCGAUUCCGCUCGGUGUUUCUAUCUGUACUCACAAAAUUAGGGUUCUUAUCCAGCGUCGCCGAUGGCUCCCAGCCGUAAAAAAACAGGGAGCAAAGGCAUCGAGAAAGGAGAGUUUAGACUGGGUGAUCUGGUUCUUGCUAAAGUCAAAGGCUUCCCUGCUUGGCCUGCUAAGAUCGACCGGCCCGAAGAUUGGGAUCAGGUACCAGACCCAAAGAAAUACUUCGUUUAUUUCUUUGGAACACAGGAAAUAGGUUUUGUUGCGCCUCCUGAUAUUCAAGCCUUCACUAGUGAGGCAAAGAGUAAACUUCUAAAAAGAUGUCAAGGGAAAACGGUCAAGCACUUCGCACCAGCUGUGGAGGAAAUCUCCGCUGCGUUUGAGAAGUCGCAGAGUUGCAAGUCCAGUGAGGCUCUUUUGAAUGCUGUUGAGCCUAGUUUGACAAAGUCUAAGGCAUUGGAUGGAACCGAUCAUAGACACACUGGUGCGGAUGAAAGUUCUGAUAAGUUCGAUUCUAGGGUGGAUCCUGAUCUCCAUAAAUUAGUUGAGAAUGAUGGUGCGGAGCCAAAGCCUGACAUAGGAGAGGAAGAUUCCUCCCCGGGUGGUGGGCCACUGGAGCCUGACUCGGAUAAAAGAUGUAAAGAUGAGGUUCUUAGAGCCAAGCGUCUGCCUGAUAGUCGAGCUGCUACAGAUAAUAAUUCCACUGGUCAAUUAAAGGGCAGUAAAAAGGAAUCUUCUGACAAUAAGUUGGUUUCGGAUCUUAAUAUCGCUGGUUGUAAAAGCUCAAAAAAGUUGCUUAAAGAGAAACCAAGCGCCGGUGUCUCGAGUGAUAAGCAUGAGUAUGCACUUGGCUCUAAAAAUGGGAAUUUGGGGAAGAAAAAGAGGUUUGAAAGUGAAUUUGGAAAGUCUGCAUCAGGAGCAGAUGAAAGUCAACGUGCUGCCAAGAGACAACGAUCUGAAGAUGCUAAGGAUCAAAACCCAUCUAAGAGGAAACGUCUUCUUCCUGAUGGUAAAGCCGAGGGAUCUGAUUCAGCUGGCGUUGUGUCAAUUCGAAAGCGUGAGACUGCUGAUAAGGAAAUGGUUGGUUAUACAAGGCGCCACAAACAUACACUUGAGCACACAAAAUCUUCCUCCUUUUCUGGCUCUCGUGAUAAAAAGGGAACAAAUCAUCCAGAGCGGAAGAUCAGUUCAUCUUCUGCUGAAUGUGUGAAGGUUUCAGCUGCUCAGCUGCCUAAGAGACGGAGGGCAGUUUAUAUCUCUGAUGAAGAUGACGAUGAAGAUCCAAAGACUCCGGUGCAUGGAGGACAUAUCAAUGUUCGCAAUGAUACUACUGAUGGUCCUAAAAGUGCUAAGGCGUCCCAUGAUGGUCCUAAAAGUGCUAAGGCGUCCCAUGAUGGUUCUAAAAGUGCUAAGGCGUCCCAUGAUGGUUCUAAAAGUGCUAAGGCGUCCCAUGAUGGUCCUAAAAGUGCUAAGGCGUCCCAUGAUGGUCCUAAAAGUGCUAAGGCGUCCCAUGAUACUUCUAUUAAAGUGAAGCGGUUUGAAGGAUCUGAAGAAAGUGCCGAAACAGGGAAGGUACCGCUGUAUAAAAAUUACAAGGAGGCUUCACGUGCACUUCCUGAUAGCGUGGAGGGUCUUUCGUACAGCUCGCCUAUGGGAAAAUCUGCGACCGAGUUCCCCCCAGAAAAUGUCAAGCCAAUCUUAAAAUCUCCCAAGAAAUCCCCCAAGCAGAUUGCAGUCAAGAAACAGGUGACAGGACAAAAUAAAACUGCGAAAGUCUCUGGUGAAGGAAUGCCAGAUAGCGUGGAGAGCCUCACUAACAACUCGUCUAUGGGAAAACCAGUCAUCAAGUUGCCCACAAAAAAUGUUAAGCAGGUCGUGAAAUCUCCUAAGAAGUCCCCUCAGUUGGUUUCAACUAAGAAUCAGGUGGCACGACAACAUAAAAUCGGAAAAGUCUCUGGUGUGGGGAUGUCAAAAAAAUGCCAAGGUGAUUCUUCCAAGGAUGCAGUGGCUGUUUCUGAUAGAGCUAGCUCUUCUCAAUCUCAAAGAAGCAAACCAGCAUUAGGGGAAAAACCAACAAACACUCCAAAAGUUGCAACUCGUUUGAACGAUGCUGUAGUGUCAAUAGACACUUCUGUUAACCUGUCCGCUGGGAGGAUUGGUGUCAAUCAAGAAAAUGGAAGUACUCCGUUGAUCAGUUCCGGGUUGCCAGAUUCUUCUUCAUCUAUGAAGUUUCUGAUUGCAGCUGCCCAAGCAAAAAGGAAACAAGCACAUACACAUACUUCACCGUCUGUGAAUUUAGACAAUAAGUUCUCUGGCAUCGGUGAAACUCAGAUGAGAAAUAACAGCCCUUCCAUGGUUCAGAAUGUAUCAUCUCCUGCUGGCGACGCCAUGGUGACUGAUACUCUGGGACACCAAGAAGUUACAACUCCGUCAAAUCAUGGAAACCAGUCCGCAUCAAGUAGCCAAGCUGAGAUUGAAGAGAAUGAAGAGAGAAGAGUUAGCUCAGGGCAUAUGCCAGUUGGGGAUGCUGUCACUGAGGCUGCAAUUUCAAAAGAUGCUUUCGAGGGAAUGAUAGAGACCUUAUCCAGAACGAAGGAAAGUAUUGGACGUGCAACACGCCAGGCAAUUCAGUGUGCCAAGCAUGGGAUUGCCAGUGAGGUUGUGGAACUUCUCAUACGAAAGCUAGAAAGUGAGCCUCAUUUCCGCCGUAAAGUGGACUUGUUUUUUCUCGUUGAUUCGAUCACCCAGUGUUCCCAUAGCCAACAAGGUAUAGCUGGCGCGUUGUAUAUUCCUACUGUGCAGGCAGCCUUGCCACGCCUUCUAGGUGCUGCGGCUCCGUCAGGGACUGGUGCUCGUGAAAAUCGCCAUCAAUGUCGCAAGGUGUUGAGGUUGUGGCUUGAGAGGAAGAUUUUCCCAGAUUCUCUCCUGCGUCGCUAUAUUGGUGAUAUUAGUACCUCUGGCGGCGAUGCAACCGCUGGGUUUACCUUACGACGUCCUUCUAGAUCUGAGCGUUCUGUAGAUGACCCUCUAAGGGAAAUGGAGGGGAUGCUUGUUGAUGAGUAUGGGAGUUAUGCGAGUUUUCAGCUGCCUGGAUUUUUAUCUUCUCAUACUGUUGGAGACGAUGAAGAAGAUGAGGAUCAUCCAACCACAUCACGGGAAGUUAAAAACACACAUAUUGAAGAACCAGCCGAUGCUAUAGGCAAAUUAGAGGCACAUGAUAGUCCGAGUGAUAAACCUCACUGUGUACGCGAAAUGGAAGAUGCUUCUUAUCAGCCAAGAGAUGAAGAUCCUUCGUAUGAUAGUUCGAGUGAUAAACCUCACAGUGUGUUAGAGGCUGUCAAUGGUGUGCGUGAAAUUGAAGAUGUUUCUUAUCAGCGAAGAAUUGAAGAACCAUCGUAUAUCUGUGGGAUUGAAGCAAGGGUCUCACCGGUUGCAACCACUGCAACUGAGCCUUUUCCAGAGGGUUCUCCUCCGCUCCCUCAUGAAUCGCCUCCGUCUCCCCCUCCCCUACCUCCUUCUCCUCCAUCCCCAUCCCCUCCUCCACCUCCAUCAUCUCCACCGCAGCUACCACCACCACCGCCUCUCUCUGAGCAAUUUUUACCAGCAGCACCAGCUCCAUUACCACCUUGCCAAUCUAUAACUCUACCACAAUCAUCCAUAACUCAACCGUCCAAGCCUAGCUAUCCUUCGUUACCACUUCAACCAGGAUUUGCUCCUGCAUCAUAUCCAGUAUUGCAACAUGAAUACCAUAUAUCUACGCAGCGGUCUAUCGUUGCUAUUGACCAACCACUUCGGCCGAGCAGUAUCUCUUUGGGACAUGCCCCGAGGACUACGCAUCUCGCUCCAGCCCCAUCCAGCCAUUUUUCGCUUCCAAGUCGGGUUAUUGAAUCACAACCCCAACGCUCCUCCUUUCCUCCUCCUUACCCUUUUCCAAUUCAGCCAGUUGACGCCCCGCGACAUAUGAAUGAGGAUCAAUGGCGGUUGCCUUCAAAUGCACGUCGUGCAGAUACUCAACAUGGAGCUUGGAUACGUGGAAGAAACCCACUUCCAGGCUCUCUUACGGUUACAGAUGGUUUCGUUCAGCCUCCUCGAGAAAGACCACCUUCAGGGCCAAUGAGCUAUCAAUUUGCUGCUAAUAAUAUGCAUGCGGUUACAGUUGUAGGUCAUACUGCUUCUCAGAUGCUACCAUCUCGGCCUGACCCAUCUUCUGCAGCUCGUUGGAGGCCUUCUUGAAGUUAAGUUUGAAAUAGACUUCUCUCCCUUCCAUGGAAGACUUUUUGUUGGCGGUAUAUUCACUUCCAGAGGCAUCAAAACUCUUCAGGCUAUUGUCAGGAGAAUACUGCUGUAUAUUGUGUCUCUUCUCUGCAUAACCUAGGUUUUCCUGCCUGGAGCCGUAGCAGGAACAUGAAGCAUGCAUUUAAACAACCGCAAGUUCAUUCAGCGAGUUCUACAAGAAUAUCAAUAUUGAAAACACACUAUAUCAGAAGUUUGUUGAGAACUUGAGCUAGGUUUACAUUUUGGAACCCGGGGUGUUAGAAACAGAUGCAUCCUGGUUGGACCAAGUUUUCACGUAAUGUCGACGUAAAGACAUUGAGCUGGAAAUGAAGCAUGAGCCUCAUAAAAGUUGAAGACUGGUAUAUAACAGAACGUAUUGAUCAUCUGCUUCGUUGAUUUUCUUUAGCCGAGAACCACUUCUGUCGCCACAAAUGCGGCAGACUUCAGGCCGCUUUUCUUGGUCGUGGAAAUGAUGGCGGCAGAAGUGGAGUUGGUAUGGGAGAUCAUGAAGGUGCGGCAGUGUUGACGACGGUGAUUGUCGGUGGGUGGCGAUUUUUUCUAUCAUGCGUUUACGAGAAAGUACGAGGUUAAAUAUUCCAAUUAAUUUAAUCCACUUGCAAAAAUUUAUGCUUGUUUUUAAAACGGUGGAUUUAUGCUGUAUAUUUUUUUGAUUGUUGAUGAAAGUAUAUAUUAACAUUAUUUUACCUAACGCGGUUGUUUGAUUAA